UGUUGUGGAAAAUAUGCGAACGCGGUGGAAAGAAAAAACAUUCAGAAAACAACAAGACUAUGGCAUAAACGUCUAAUUGGGACAGGAUAUGUUUAUGAGAGCAAAGAAGAAGAAAACAUUGCCGUUUCACUUUUAAAGGCGCUUCUAUUGGCGGUCCCGCAUUGUCACUCAAGGAGGGGUGGUGUCAGCUGACAUAUGGUUGUUCCAGUAAGAGCACUUACGCUCAGUAGAAGCACACUCAACAGGCAGGAAUACGGAUAGUCACGGUACGAGCGGAAUACUGCUUAGACUGGACUGGAUAGCUGACAACAACCUCUAUACCAAGCGGACAGGGACGUUUCAGAGCGUAGCUUCUUGCUGCGCCACUUCUAUCCUUGCUUUACGCUUGGGAUUUCUGGCUUUCACGGACUUACUAAUGUAGGGUAAUAUUUUAGUGGUGUGUGACGAAACUAAUUUCCUUUGCUCCUUGCUUUGUCUAUUUCGGUUUGUUUGUUUUUUUCUUCUGUUGGUUUGCUGCGCAUGAGUAACUUUUCCAGUGCAACUUCUAUGUGACUCUUGGAUUGGAUUUACUAUUUGCUACAAUGGCUGAAGCAGCCCAGCGACAGUUAGUGGAUAUCGACCCGGAUUUCGAGCCCCUUUCCCGGCCCCGGUCAUGCACUUGGCCCCUGCCACGGCCGGAGUUCAGCAACCCGGCCGACUCCAACACAUCCUCGCCGGCUCCCUCUGUCAAGCAGGAGCCCGGCGUCAACAAUGCUGACUACAUCAACAAUCUCAGCCUGCUGGAGGAGAACGAAGACUACCCCGACCAGAAGCCCAUGGGUCUUUGCGGGGACUUCUCGUGUCAAGAGAACUGUCUCCAGACCCAUCCGCAUCAGCAGCAGCAGCAACAGCAGCAGCAGCAGCUGCCGAGCCCACAGCAGCUUGCCCACCAGCAGCAGCAACAGGUGCCCCUGCUUUCCUCCCCUGUCGGCUCGACCUCCUCGGUGGCCGCGGCCGCAGCUGCCGCGGCGCAGCGCAAGAGCAGCUCGUCUCGGCGAAAUGCCUGGGGGAAUAUGUCUUACGCCGACCUCAUCACCAAGGCCAUCGAGAGCUCCCCGGAGAAGCGCUUGACCCUGUCGCAGAUCUACGACUGGAUGGUGAAGAGUGUGCCCUAUUUCAAAGACAAGGGAGACAGCAACAGCUCCGCUGGCUGGAAGAACUCCAUCCGACACAACCUGUCCCUCCACAGCCGCUUCGUGCGCGUGCAGAACGAGGGCACAGGCAAGAGCUCGUGGUGGAUGCUGAACCCUGAGGGGGGCAAGAACGGCAAGUCCCCGCGCCGCCGAGCCGCCUCCAUGGACAACAACAGCAAGUUCGCCAAGAGCCGCGGCCGCGCCGCCAAGAAAAAGAUGGCGCUGCAGGGUGGCCCCGACGGUGGCGCGGACAGCCCCGGCUCGCAGUACAGCAAGUGGCCCGGCAGCCCCAACAACUCCCACAGCAACGACGACUUUGACGCAUGGAACGGCUUCCGGCAGCGCACCUCCUCCAACGCCAGCACGCUCAGCGGCCGCCUCUCGCCCUUCAUGCCCGAGCAGGACGACCUCGUCGGGGAGGGGGACAUGGAAAUGCACAUGGUCACCUACCCUGGAGGUCCGGUGGGGGGCCCCAAGAUGGCGGGAACUCUACCGAGCCUAUCAGAGAUGACCGGCUCGCUGGGACACCUCCACGGCCACCGCAACUCCGAGAACCACAUGGAGAACCUUCUGGAUAAUCUCAACCUGCUGUCGCCCAACAACCAGGCCCAGGUCGGGGGUGGCGGGGGUGGAGGAGGUGGUACUCCUACCCAGGGGUCCGCACAGUCCUCCCCUUCCCCCAUGAUGCAGGCUAGUCCCGGGUACCCAAGCCCUUACAGCUCCCCUGGCCUGGCCCCUGGUAACCAGCCCCAGCAACAGGAGUACCGCAAGUGCAUGUAUGGGCAGGGAGGCAUGAACACCCUGUCGCCUAUGCCCAUGCAGUCACAGAUGGGUGAGGCAGGCAAGCCUCCCGGCUUCAGGCCGUCCUUGGGUCAGUUCGGCUGCCCCGCAGGCCUUCUGAAGGAGCUGCUGACGUCCGACGGAGAGUCACACGGUGAGAUGAUGCCAUCGGUGGACACGGUGGUGACCCAGUCGGCAGGUGGUGUCGGCGGUGGGGCAGGAGGAGUUGGCAGUGGGCCCGGCGCCGGGCGCCUCUUGCCACCUUACUCCAGUCCAGGUGGGGGCAGUGGUGGACCCCGCAAUGACCUGAUGGGUCCCGGAGGCCAGCAGCACGGCAGCCACGCCUUGCCGCCGCCACACCCCCACAGCCAUGUUGGUGGGCACGGAGGUCCACACGUGCAUGGCCCACAGGGAACACCAAAUUCCGUCGCCAUGAACGGCCGCCCCAUGAUGCCACCCUCCCUUGCCAACAUGAGCCACGGCACGGGGGUGGUGCCCCCUUCUGCCCGCCUGGGCACUGUCAAGACCUCCCUACACAUGCCGUUCAACGCCUCCGCCCACCUCAACAGCGCCGGAGGCAGCGGAAACGCCGGAGGAAUGGGCGGCGGCGGUCCGCUGACCUACUGUACCCUCCACAGCCCCAGCAACGCCAACGGUUACGGUCGGCCUGGCCACAGCGGUGCCGGUGGCCCUGGCAACCUUCUCCAGCAGCAUCAGCACCCGAGCCACAUCCACCCGGAGAAGUUGCCUAGCGACCUGGACGACAUGUCCAUCGAGCGUUUUGAGUGCGACGUGGAGUCGGUGCUCCACGACACGCUGAUGGACGGCGACUCGCUGGACUUCAACUUCGAGCCCGUGGUGCCUCAGCAGAGCUUCGUCCACGGCCACGGCCACGCCCAUGGACACAGCCACGGCCACGGCCACAGUCACGGUCACGGAGGGGUGAAGACCACCACACACAGCUGGGUGUCAGGGUAGGACGUCAGGAGAGCUGGGAAAGAAGGCCACAUGAGAGCACACUCACAGCCCAUAUGCAUCUCAAAGUAGAACCUGUCACCACCAGGACGUUCACCCUGCCCUCAUCCACCCAAAGAUGCUCCUAAACUCCCCACACCCCUCAAAACUCUUUUGAGUUUUCGUUUGCUCCAUCUGCUGUCCUCAGCAACUUCAUCGCCUCCCAGGACUGUCACUCAGACAUUCAUUCAUUCAUUCAGGUUCAUUCAGGAGGACCCUCUUGACUUUGGUUAUUAUUAAUAUUAUUUUUAUGAAUCGUUCGCCACUGUACCAUGUCAUCACAACUACAGCCAAGUGCCAAACUCUUUGCCUUUGAACUGAACUUCAGAGCCAAAAUCGAUGUGCACUGUUGAACGUUGCCUUCUCAUUGUGCUUGAGGAUUCGCCAUGCCAGUGGACCGCUCUCCGAAGAGUGCUUUUUUUUUCUUAUACACCAACACACACGUGCACGUAUGUGUACACACAUACGCAUGCACACAGAAACACUCACACUCACACUCACACUCACACUCGUAUGUGUACACACACACACACACAAACACACACACACACACACACACACACACACACACACACACACACACACACACACACACACACACACACACACGGACACAGACAUGGACACAGACACACACACGGACACGGACACAGACACACACACGGACACAGAAACGGACUGACACACGGACAACAAAUACACACACACACACAUAAACACACAUAAAUGCACACAAAUACCUCCUGAAGAGACAUUUAUCAGACGGAUGUAAAUGUUUUUUUUUCUUCUUCAAUCAAUUGAUGUAAUAGCUGAAACAUAUUAGCUUGGAGGCCUUUCUCACACCAGCUCUUAAAAUAUCACCCAGAGUGCCCCUGUACAUGUCUCCAGCAAACAAGCACUCUUUGAAAGACACCAGUUACUCAGUUGUGGGUGCGACAGAUACUCAGUCGCACCCAUGCACUGUAUAUCAUAUUAUACAGUCAAUGUCCAUGCCUGUUAACUCAGCACCAGCCAGAACAGUCAGGUCAUAUUCACCCUUACAAGAAUGCCCCCAUUUCCACCCACCAUGGCCAUCCCUCAUGGUGCCCUGUGGACAUUACGUGUCCUUCAGGGUAUCCUUGAGUGUUCUACCAACGGAACUGUCUGAGAGGUUCCACAAUAGAACUCUCACAGACGUUCCAGCCUUUCCAGGCUUCUAGAAGGAGAAGUGGAAUGCGUUGGAGGAGGGUGUAAAACUGAAGUAAGACUUGGCAUGAUUGCUGUGUUGCAUGUUGCUGUGUGUUUGCCAGUGGCAUUGGGGUUGGGUUGAUCUGUUAAGACCUCCCCAGAGCUACACUGUCUGAGCCUAGAGGGUGGUGAAAGCAUGGGCCAAGUCUGAUCUGUUUCAGAGACUCUGCCGGAGGCCCUUCCAACUACAUUAUGUCAUGACACUUUUUUAUUAUUAUUUAGUUUCAAUUGUUGUCCUCUCAAUUGUUUUGCAUAGUUAGACAUUUCUUGAUUUGUUCUGUUCAUAUUGGUUCAGUUGCGUUGCUUUUUUUUUUUUUUUUUCGUCUUGGCUCGGAUACGUUGGAAGGAGAUUGGAAGGAGAUUUUUAUUAGGUCAUGUACAGUACAGAACGUUUACAUUGUACAAGUAACCCGCUCGACAUACAUACGUACAUACAUACAUACAUACAUGAUUUUCUUUUUUUGUAAAUUGGGAAAGAAGAACUGGAGUAUUCAGUGGACUAAUUCUCAUACUUUGAGGGUGCAUCAUGGUUUGACUAGACCUGCCUGAUUCCAUAUGUCUUGUAAAUACCAACUUAACACACACAUAUAUUGAGAAAAAAACUUUAAGUAGAUAUAUAUUGAGAUUUUUAUUAUGAUGUCCUGUUAUUGUUAUUGUUUUAAUUUUUGAUUCUGCUGCAAAUUGUGCACGCACACAUCGCAAAGUGUUGUUUCUGUCUUGUCUGUUCUGAUUAGAUUCUACGCAAAGUAAACUAAUUAAAGCCUUAUAUAUCGUUAAUUAAUACAUGUUAUUCUGGCAAACUGGGUAGUUCUGAACUACAGGCUGGAAACUGGCUUGGCCACUGCAGAUGUGGGGUGCUCUCACUCCCUUAGACUGUUGAGGAGGUCAAACCUCAUCCCCCCCUGCCUUUAAAAAGGUCACAAGGGGAAUGGGUUUGCUCCUCUGUCAUUUAUUUAUUUAUUUGGUAGAAGGAGACUUUGUGCUAUGUUUGUAGUAAUGCCUCAAUCUAACACAUUUACCCUAUGCUCAUUAACUGUGUUUCGUCUCCUUUGACCGGGUGAGAUGCGAUACGAAAUUUGCCGGCGUCGUUGACGUGAUCCGUUUUCCUAAACAUGAGCUGCCUCCUUUUUUCCACAUUUUUUUUUAAACGGUUAAGAGAUCUCAGCAAUGCUGCUCUGGCGAGGAUUCAUGAUGUUGGUCAGAUAGUCUGCAGAUUGUCCCCUUUUUCCCCUCCCUCUCUCUCUCUCACACACACACACACACAUGCACACUCACACACACACACACACUGACAGCUCUUAUCUCAUUGUCCAUCUUCCUCAGUUCUCACUGUCUGAUAUCAUAUUCCCCAUCCCCCACCUCCACACACACAUGCACACACACACUCACACGCACACAUGCACACACACACUCACAUGCACACAAGGACACACACACACACACACACACACACACACACACACACACACACACACACACACACACACACACACACACACACACACACACACACACACACACACACACACAAAGACACACACACCAUCCCCAUCUGUCGCCCGUCUCCUCAUUUCCUGCCGUCAGCCCAUUCAACACAUUUGCUAAUUUAAUGACGCGACAUGAUUCCCACUAAUUACCUGGGCCCCUGCCAUUAAUUAGGAUUUCAGUGGACUCUCCCUCCUCGUGCCUUAUAUUCGCCUGGGGAGACACACAGAAAGUCAUCCCUCAUUUCGGCAAGUCUAGAGGACCUGUCAGUAUGGGAAAAUGCACUAUCUGGUCGACAUUUGUCUGCACAUGGGAAUGAUGAGGUAUCAGAGACGUUGCUGGUGAAAAACAAUAAUAGACGUCAGUCAAACUCAACAGUCAAACAGUCAGUUAUUUUACUUUGCAAGCUCGUACAUAUCUGAUGUACAUACAGUGAAUGCCCUCAUUUACAAAUAUUUUUUCAAUGCAUUCUCCACACAUUACUGAAUGGGAGACUAUACAGUGACAAUAGGCAAAUUGUGGAUAAUUUAAGGGGAAUCAAUCGUUCAAUCAAUUAAUCAAAACCUUUUUUUCCACAAUAAUGUUAGCGAUACGCCAUUAUGGACAUGUGCAGAGCAGAUAGUGCCAUUUGCGGAUUGAAUACUGACUUGCUUCCAGAGCACGUUACCAGUGAAAGUUCCUCUUCUUUGGAAAUCGCAUAACCAUGUAAGACCACAGCUGUCAACAAAUACUGUGGCAAAAUACCAAGGAAGCAUUGAAAAAAAUCAGGACAGAUUUCAGAAUUCAUUAGAUAGUAUAUUCCAUCCAUUGGAACAGGACAUGAAAGGGGAAAAUAAUGUGACAACCACACAGAAUAGUUGGAAGAGUAGGCUUGGAGCUUCUCAGUUGGGUUUUGAUCCUCGUCAAAAUCAGUAAAGCUCUCCGAAGUUUGUACUAGUCAAAGCAGAUGGCAACAUUUUGUUGUUUGACAUUGAAUGACGUUGAUUUAAAUCCCGAUAGCUCAUUGUCGAUGUAGAUAACAACCUCCAUUUCAACACGUGCCACAGCCGGUUCCAGGAAACCGAAGUCAUUGAGGCGCCUGUCUAGUGUCUGUCGCUACUGUUGCGUCGCUACGCUCAGAAACAAAGCCAGCGCCUACUCACACACACACACAAAUCCUUCUUUGUAAAUUAUAUGUGCAGGUCACUCAUUUCAGACAUAAUCAUUGUAUCAUCCAAUGUCAAUUAAAAAAGGAUGCUUCAAAUAUAUAUAUUAUUAAGCUGUGUAUUAAGAAGUGUAAAUGAUUGCUUUGUGAGAUUUUGCUCAAGUGAUCAUACCUAUGCAUUUUCAAACUUUAAUUUUUAAUUUUGUUUCUUUUUUUUCUUUUUGGCUAUCUGUUUUCUGUAUUUGUUUUUACUGAUUAUAUAAAAUGUUUUAUGUAUUAUAGCAUUGUGGAGAUGUCAUGUCAUUGUCAAAAAUGUUGGUUUCAAAUAGUUAUUUGAGAUAAAAGAUGAAGUAUAUUUAGACUAGAGGAUUUACAUGCUCUUUUUUGUAAACUGACACUGUUGUCGUUGUAUUUAGCAGCAGUUUGUAGGAAAAAUAGAAAAUUAAAAAAUACAUAAACUUAUUGUCUAAGUACAGAAUUGGAAAAAAUAAUUGUAUGAAUUAUCUAUGUUAAGAUGGUGAAUUUUGGACCAAUUUUUUAGAAGAGAAAAUAUAAAUUUAAAUAUUGCACUUUUAUCUUAACAUACAUUUUAUAACAUGUUCCUCAUAGAGAGAGACAGAAGUGAAUAUGUGAGUUGUUUUAAAACAAACUGUUACAUUUAUUAACUUAUACACAGUAAUGAAUCAAAUUUUCAAUCAGAAGAAUUAUAUAUCACACAAUGUGCAAUUUGUUUAUGUAUUAGAGAAAUGAAAAAAAGAAUGGUUACACUUUACUUGAUGCUAGCAUUAUACGCAUUACAUGACAGUGUCAUAAUAGUGCCAAAACAGUGACAUGACACAGUCAUGAACAUGUCAUAAACAUGAUGUCAAUGUCAUUAACGUUUUAUGGUCGUGAAAAGUUGACAUUGUUAGUGCUGUCUUUACCAUAACCGAAUGUCACUUAAUGACAAAGUCAUAAAAUCUUCAUGAUAUUGACAUAAUGUUAAUGACGCAUUAAUGACUGCAUUACAACACUGUUAUGUCACUGUUAUGUCAUGCGUAUGGUGCCGGUGUCAAGUUAAGCGUUAUCAAAAGAACUGAGACAUUACAGGACGAAACGUCAAAGUAGAAUAGAGGCAAAGGCAACGUGAAGCUGAUAAAGAGGAGAGGUUGCCAUGUUUGAAAUGACUGACUUCAUUGACGUAUGUCCCGAUGUUGAUGUAUAUCUAUCUACCAAAGAUCAUUGAUCAGAGCAAGAUGGAUUACUGGCUGAAAAACACAUUCACGGCAAUGACCGUAUGAAGUACCGCUCCACGGGGCCAUUUCGGCAGGCAAGUUGUGCCAGGCUGCUAUCACACCGGACUUGGAUUUUACAGUCCGAGGCUUAAUUUUUCUGUUGUUUGUCAAUGACAGUGAGCGCAUUCCGUGUGUAUCAGCACGAGGUAGAUUUUCUGCCUGUCCACCCAGAAUGAAUCAGGUAAAAACCGCCAUACUCAAGGCGGAAAAUCUGCUUCAUAUCACAGGCGGGUGUCCAGAUGUCCAGUAAUCACUAUUGAAAUUUUGUUAUGAUGUACUGGAGUAUUUUCAGAACCUACAAUUGCCAAAUAUUCCAAAUGACCUACCUAGUUAUACCUGUCCAGUUAAGGCAUUUGUGCAGAUAAAACCAGGUAAUGUGUAAUCUGUGGCUCUCUGUCUCUUCAUCUUCACCCAAGAGCUCAUCCUGCCAUCUGCAGCCAUUCUAUACGUAGCGUAAAGCGAUCCAUCUUGCUCCGCUGAAGGAUCUUUGGUAUCUAUCUACCUUUCUGUUUCCUUAUUGAAGCUUUUUGGCAGUGAGCAAAGAUAGAUUUGUGUCAGGUGGCCACAAUGUGUGACAUGUUUUACUCAAGAUCGCCUGUCUGUGCAGUGAGUUCGCUCCUUAAAUCAGAAGCCUGAUGCACUUGUACUCAGAUGCAAGAACAUGAAUAUGUUGCCGCUGUAUGAAGCCAUAUGUGUACAUAAAUUAUGUUACAUAAAAAUCCUCA